AUGCAUGAGCCAUGGCGGCCAGCAGGAUUGCCACCGCCACUCGAGAUCGAAACGCUGGUACAGUCAAAUCUGAGUACGCGCACGGAUCUUGAAGCAUGGGUAGAAGCUCAGAAAAGUCAUAUUUUGGAAGAAAAGCGCGCAGAUCAACAGCAGUUACAGGAGCAUGCGCGCGCCUCCGAUGAAGCCCAACGCAAGCGCGAGAUGCUACAGAUCGAGCAUCAAAAGCUUUUAGCUGAUACACACGCGAAGGAGAGGGAACUAAACACUAGCCAGAUGGAGAUUGAAGUGUUACAGACCGAGAGACGACGACGCGAACCCGUGGUAAAAGAACUAUUCGAAAAGACAGUAGAGGAGGAUGUUAAGCUGAAGCGAUUGCUGGCAGAAUCGCAGACACAGCGCGCGAAGCAGGAGCAUCAGCUGCAGGAGUUAAAGCAAGGCCUCGCUAUGUAUCAGAGGCUCGGAUUGUUUUUUGAGCACACAGAGACCGACCGUAUUGUGGUCAAAUUUACACAAAUUGACGCUCAGGAUACGAACCGCGAAUUUUCAUUUCGUAUCACUAUUGACUCGAUUACCGACAAAUAUUUAGUGGAUGCCUGCAGCGAGCAAGUGCCUAAACUCAAUCAUUUAGUGAUGGAUCUCAAUGAGAACGGCGACUUGGCGCUAUUUAUUCGUUCCAUGCGGCGUCAGUUUAAAAAAUUGUGUGAAUAA